AUGAGCUGGGCCCAACCUAGAGGCGGGAAAGAGGGGAGAAGGCAGAGAGGAGGAGAAGGGCUAGACUCCUAUUGCGACUGCGCGAUGGAUCGGAAGAUAUACCGACCUUCUGGGGGAGAACUAGAACGCCGCAUAGAUGUCCCGCACCAGUCAGAGAUGCCACCUCGAACGCGACCCGGGUACUGUUUACAUGGGCAACAAGAGUUGCCACUUCCACCCCCACAAGAUUCGUCGCUUGACUGGCAAGAAGAGAGACGGCUUCCACCGCGACCAAAUCCGUCGCCUGGCUGGCAAGAAAAGUGUCGGCUUCCACCUCCACGACGUUGGUCGCCUGGCUGGUACGAAGAGAGACCACUUGCUGACUCGGACACGCUACCUCGUCAUUGGCGAGACGCCCAGCUUGCAAAGAGAGACACGCGGGGAACCAACCAGGGGCAGCCGACGAGCAAGGGCGCGAGGGUGCAUUUUCAAAGGCCAGCUGAAUGUCGUCAGAGGACUCCAGAAGAUGAAGAGGAAGAGGAAGAAUCAGGAUCAUCGCCCGGUAACAGCCUGAGAGGAUCCGUGGCGCAUAUUGAGGAAGGCGAAAAGUCUGACGAUCGGGAUCCUGGGAUUUCUGAUUAUUUCGAUAUGAUUGAGCAUGAGGGGGCCGGGAGCGGCGAUGAGGACGAUUAUAGCCUGAAUGCAAUGGAGCUUUCACUGCGACGCGGAUUUGGAGAACGCUGA